GACAGGGAUUCCGUGAUGAAAAGUGAAGGGAGAGAGAUUGGCUUCCAUGCGAAGGCUUUCUCCCUGGUUUCUCAGCCUUGGGGCGAAGGCUCAGGGAGCCCCUGAGACACAUCCUGCACAGCAGGAAGAGGUUCCGGUGAAGUCCCAUCGCUCCAGGCGUGGCUCUCAAUGGCUCAGGUCUAGGGUGGGGAGGCUCAGCGUUUGGGGAUUCCCCAUCUCCACAGCCUUUUUCCUUCCCAACUAGUGUCGAGUCCUUCUUUCGGAUACUCAAGACGCGGAUACUCACGACGUGUACCCAGUUCCUACUCCCAUUGGGUGUCGGGUUUCUAGAGAAGCCAAUCAGCGUCGCCGUGGUCCCGAUUCUAAAGUCCCCACGCACCCACGGGGACUCAGAUUCUCCCCAAAUACCGAGGAUGCGGUUAUGGCACCACGAACCCUCCUCCUGCUGCUUUCUGGGGCCCUGGCCCUGACCGAGACCCGUGCGGGUGAGUGCGGGGUCGGGAGGGAAACGACCUCUGCGGGGAGGACCGAGAGGCCGCCCGGUAGGAGCGCAGGACCCAGGGAGCCAGGCUGGGAGGAGGGUCGGGAGGGUCUCAGCCCCUCCUCGCCCCCAGGCUCCCACUCCUUGAGGUAUUUGAGCACCGCCGUGUCCCGGCCUGGCCGCGGGGAGUCCAGAUACAGGUACAUCGCAGUGGGCUACGUGGACGACACGCAGUUCAUGCGGUUUGACAGCGACGCCCAGAGUCCGAUGAUGGAGCCGCGGGCGCCGUGGGUGGAGCAGGAGAGGCCGGAGUAUUGGGACCGGGAGGUCAAGGAGAGCGCACAAACUGACCGAGUAAACCUGCGGAUCCUGCUCCGCUACUACAACCAGAGCGAGACCGGGUCUCACACGCUCCAGGGAAUGAAUGGCUGCGAUGUGGGACCCGAUGGACGCUUUCUUCGAGGGUAUCACCAGCACGCCUACGACGGCAAGGACUAUAUCUCCCUGAACGAGGACCUGCGCUCCUGGACCGCGGCGGACACAGCAGCUCAGAUCACCCAGCGCAAGUGGGAGGCAGAGAAAUAUGCAGAGGAGUUCAGCACCUACCUGAAGGGCGGAUGCAUGGAGUGGCUCCAUAGAUACCUGGAGAACGGGAAGGAGACGUUGCCACGCACGGAUCCUCCAAAGGCACACGUUGCCCAUCACCCCAUCUCUGACCAUGAGGCCACCCUGAGAUGCUGGGCCUUGGGCUUCUACCCUGUGGAGAUCAUGCUGACCUGGCAGAGGGAUGGAGAGGAUCAGACCCAGGACACAGAGCUUGUGGAGACCAGGCCUGCAGGGGAUGGAACCUUCCAGAAGUGGGCAGCUGUGGUGGUGCUUUCUGGGGAGGAGCAGCGAUACACCUGCCAUGUGCGGCACGAGGGGCUGCCAGAGCCCCUUACCCUGAAAUGGGAGCCAUCUUCCCAGCCCACCGUCCUCAUCGUGGGCAUCGUUGCUGGCCUGGUUGUCCUUGGAGCUGUGGUCACUGGAGCUGUGAUGUGGAGGAAGAAGAUCUGGCUGGGAAGGGAUGGAAACAGAGAGAGAUACUCUCAGGCUGCAACCCUGGACGUGCUGGUGCAGCUGAAGAAGCUGGAGCCCCCACCAGAGCCAAAGCUGGAGCCCAGGCUGUAGCUGAGGCCAGGACUUGUGAGGUCCCUGUAGGCCAAGCUCAGCUCAACUGAGUAGCCACUGGUGGUGCUCCUAUGGAUACUCACCUUCCAUAUCCCAGAUUCCAGCCAGCUCUCCUUGCCCUGCAGCAGCUUCCUGUAGGUGGCGAUCUCGAUGUGCAUGGCCUGCUUAUGUUCCUCAGCUCCUGGUACUGGCACAGCUGCCACGCCAUGUCCUGCUUUGCCCACUGUUGGGCGGCCUCCAGCACGGACAGUUUGGCUUCAUUAAUGGCCAGCUCCUCAUGCUUCUUGGCAUCCAUGAUGAUGGCCUGCAGGGGCCCACUGGCUUUUGAGGCCCUCCAUCUCAGCCUGAAGCCAUCUGAGGUUCCAGGUCAUCUCUGAGAUCUCUGUCUUCAUGUGACAAAGGUCAUCCCAUGCUUCCCAGCCAGAGCUUGCCGCUCCUCCUACUUGAUCUGAUGCUCUCAGCCUCAGCCUGGCUGUGGUUGGCAAUCUCCUCUUACUGGGCCUUGACCUCAGUGAUGAUGCUAUUCAAGUCCUGGGAGCGGAUAUUGUCCAUGGACAGCAUCACAGAUGUGUCAGAUUGGGGAUUGCAGCUCCCGGAUAUCCUGUUCACACAGCUGCCAGAGGAAGUUGGUCUCAUCAGUCAGCCCUUCCAGGUGAGACUCCAGCUCUACCUGGUUCAUGUCAGCUUCAUCCACAUCCUUCUUUAGGAGGAGAAAUUCAUUCUCCAUCUUUGUAUGAUUAUUGAUCUCAUCCUCAUAUUUGUUCUUGAAGUCUUCCACCAGCCCCGUGUGUUGCCAAACUCCACCUCCAGCUUUAGCUUUUCCUGGCCCAGAAUGUCCAGCUGCUGCUGAAGGGUGAUGUGGCUCUCAAUCAUGUGGUCCAUGUUCCUCUGAGCCAUCUUCUGCUGAUUUAGGAGUCUCCACUUGGUCUCCAUCAUCUUGUUCUACCGCUCCAGGAACAACAUGAACCC